AUGCAACAGUUGAGGAGCAGCCAUUUCUAAUUAGGCCAAACAGAUUAAAGUAUACACCUGAUACAUAACAAUAUUAGAAAAUUAGUUCACUUCAACGAUGAAAAUGAAUUUCAAAGGAGAUUAAGUAAAUGAUUAAGCCACUGGAGUUGGAGAUAAAUUGAAUUUAAGAGGAGUGCAUUUUCAUUUAGGAGAGUCAAAACGUACAAUUUGAAUUCCUAUUCUAGCUUCUUACAACACAAUUUUCAAGACUGACUUUUAGGGUAAACAAAUAGGUGAACCUGCUACCUUAAAUGAAGAAAAAAAAAAUGACUUAAGAACAAAUCAUUUUGUGCUUGGCCAUCAACAGGCUCAACAAGUAUCAAUUACAAGAGCUACUUAUAAUGAAAAACCACUCCAACCAGGAUUAUAAAAUGAAUAAGAAAGUAAAAUGCAUAUAUCCUAAAUAUGAGUACAAAAAAAUAAAAUGAGAUCACAUCAUCAUAAUUUCGCGGAAAGUUCUCAUAAGAUGAUGCAAACAAACUAUAACUAACAAUAUCAACCUCAAUAAUUAGAACCCAAACAGGAUUUAGCCGAAAGAGCAAGACAAUUAAGAGUUUCCAAUAUAUUUCUAGGAAAGGAGGUAAUUAAGGCCAUAAAUCAUUUAUUAGUAAGUUCCCAUGAUUACAGCCUAAUAAGAAGACUACAAUAAGAAGGAAGGAGGAGCUUAAGCCUCAUUCAAACCAGGAUUUUAAUCAACUCAUUUUAAUUUUGGCAAUGCGAAUUCUGAUUUCAAAACCAUGAAUCAAGAAUUCUUCCAUUAGCAGGAAAUAACAUCAAACCCAUUUGCAGAAGAAAACCGAUAAAAUCUAAGAGGUUUUAUGAUUUAUAAUCGUUUUAGCAACUCACUUUACAUUAGGAAAAGAUAAUUAACCAUAUCAGUCUGAACAAAUGUCACAUUUCAGACCGCAUUCAGAAAAUAAGAUUAACUAUAUCAAUAACACUGCUGCCUUAUAAGGAAGUCAUUUUACUAUUGGAGAUCCAAGAUUUAUGAAUCAGAAAACUUAAACAUUUUAUAAUUCCUCUAUGAAACCACCUGAAUAAUAGUAACAUUAAUAGGCAAGAGAUUAGUAAAUGGAUCGAGGAUCUAAUUUUAAAGUUGGAACAGAUAAUAUAUCAUAUAGAUCAGAAAUGCAAUCCAAGUAAUAUUUACAUCAAUAUUCAAGUUUUAAAAAUCCAUCAGGAUAACCUGCAUAAUUAUCUGAAAAAUUAUUAAAAGAUUUACGAUCAUCUCAUUUUGGUUUGAAUGAUAAUGUUAGUAAAAAUACUUAUCUGACCACAAAAUAAGCGGAAGCUUUAAAUCAAUAAUAAGGUUAACCAAAUAAACUAGAUCCACAUGCAAGUGCAAAUUUAAGAUCUCAUCAUUUCAACCUUGGUUAGACAAAAGGAGACUUAAUUUCAUAAACGCAUGAUAUACAUCGACCUUUAAUAGGAAAGCCUAAUACAUUAAAUUAAUAGUAAGCAAAUAAUCUAAGAAAGCAUCAUUUCGCAUUAUCAUGA